CGCAUAUUGAGACCUCAGAUCUUGCCUAUUGUUCGACAUUCCUUUUUCACGCCCACAAUCGCCCAACCAUGACGAAGACGAACCAUGGUCUUGCCUCGUCGAGGCGCAAGUCUCGCAAACUUCACUUCGGCGCCCCGUCCAGCGUGCGACGAACGAUCAUGAGCGCUCCUCUGAGCAAGGAACUAAGAGAAAAGCACAAUGUCCGCAGCAUCCCCAUCCGCAAAGACGACGAAGUCACCAUCGUGCGAGGCUCCAACAAGGGCCGCGAGGGAAAAGUCACCUCGGUCUACCGACUGAAAUACCUCAUCCACAUCGAACGUGUAUCCCGAGAGAAGUCGAACGGCCAAUCCGUCCCGAUCGGCGUGCAUCCCAGCAAAGUUGUUGUGACGAAACUCAAGCUCGACAAGGACCGAGAGAAGAUCCUGGAGAGGAUCGGCAAGGGAAGAGAGGCCGUCAAGUCGAAGGAGUAGAGAGAGAGGAAAAAGCGAGCGUGCGCAUGUCCUUGUCAUGGGGAGCUGGCGAUACUGGAUUUUUCCCAAUGCACGGGGUGAGCAGGAAAACCAUUCAAUCGGACUCGGAGCAUUCCUCGACGGUUUCCAUGAGGAUAGUUAUCAACGACAUGAGUUGAUAGAGGUGAGGGGCGUCAUACAUACCCGAAGACCGGACGUCUCAUUCGGGGCUUGAAUGGAAAGAAAAACGAAGCAAAAUCAUUCGAAAAGAACAGGUCAAGGGGCAGACGUUUUUCGCUCCAGCUUGCAAGUCAACCCGCAUUUCUUCAACGAUGCUUGCAGAAGCAUGUUUCCCCCCUCCUCCUAUUCUCCGAACCUUGACGCUCCAGGAUUUUUGCAGACUUUUUUGCCAGUAUUAUCUCCUUGUCUACCGAUCUUCCCGUGGUUACCCAAGGUAUACGGCUGGCGCAAAUUGAACAAUCAUCUUUUCCCUUCUCCUUUUGUGAGAGGAUGGAAAGCUCGCCGGCAGACUGUCUACAAGGAUACGAUCCAAUGAGUUGCAGGAUUUGAUGGCGAGGGACAAUUCCCCCCUCCCGGUCUCCACGUCAUGGAUUUCCU